GCUAAUGAGGACAGAGAAACCCCCAACUUUUACAGUUUAGUGUUCAUUGCUGGACACCUGCUAAAAUUGAAUCAUAGCUGGAAUCCAUGAAAAAGGACAAUCACAAACAUGGAUAGAUGUUCAAUUAACUCUAAAUGGCUUUUUUUCUCCCUUGUAAAUGAGUCCGCAGGAUCUGGACCCUAAUAUGUUGUGUAUUCCUCUUUGAAGUGCUGUAAUAAAUCAUUGGGCACUGAUCACCAGAGACUUGCUUGAUGGACUAAUGCAUGUAUUUCUUUCUUGGGCAGCCAGCCAAAGGGUAACAUCUGUGUGACAAAACAGGGUGAAAGUGGAAUGUUUGAGCUUGUAAUUCACAUGAUAAAUCAAGGCUGAUAAAUCAAGGUGGAAUAUUUUAGCUCUUCAAUAAAAUCACAUUACUUGGCAAAGGGCCACUACAGUUUCUGACUGAAAUUUCUGUCACCAAAAGAGUCAUAAUGGGUUUGGUUUAAAAUUCACAUUAGCCUUUAGAGUAAACCUAAUUUUACAGAAAACUUUACUUCAUGUGUUAAAGCAGUUUGUCAUAAUGAUUCAGACAAAAGGUCAUACUUUCUUGUUAAUUAAUUAAAUGUACUAAUGGUACCACAGUGGUAACUGCCAAAAUACCAUAACUAGGCUACUACAUUUAAUAAAUAUUGAAUAAAUAAGGAUCUUGUUUCAUUUGACCAUUGCCCAUUUAACACAGUUUUAAUGUAUAACUAUAAAUAUGUUAACUAAUCUUGAUAAAGCGCUGACAGCAUUACUGUAUAUUCGAGUUCUAACUUUACGUGAGGCUAAUGCGCAUGCGCAUGUCAACACUUUUGAGUUCAGUAAGAAUGGCACUGCGCGUCUUGAGAUUCAGUUUGGCUUUGAAUCGCAGUUUACUCAAAACAACUGUUGUCUGCAACAAACGGCACUUGUCAGAAAAAGCGUCCUCCAAUCCGAAAGCAUCCGUUUCUACCGAAAAUAUCGAUCAUGUUCUCUACACAGAGGAACAUUUUGCAUUAAAGGCAUCUUUGAGAAAGAUCAUUGAUCAAGAGAUCAACCCUUAUGUAGACCAAUGGGAGCAAGAAGGGCAAUUUCCUGCUCAUAAGCUCUUCAAAAUCCUGGGUAAUGCAGGAUUUCUAGGAGUCAACAAACCUGUGGAGUAUGGAGGUCUGGGGUUGGACUUCAGCUACAGUGUGGCUGUUGCUGAAGAACUGGGGAACAUCAACUGCGGAGGGAUUCCCAUGGCCAUCGGCGUGCAGAGUGAUAUGGCUACACCUGCACUGGCGAGGUUUGGUUCUGCAGAGCUCAAGAGAGAGUUCUUGCAGCCCACCAUAAUGGGAGACAUAGUGGCCUGCCUCGGGGUGAGCGAAACUGGGGCCGGCUCUGAUGUAGCAAGCAUCAAGACUAAAGCUGUGCGCAAAGGAGAUGAACUUGUCAUUAAUGGAGGAAAGAUGUGGACUACUAAUGGCACUCAAGCAGACUGGAUGUGCCUCCUGGCCAACACCAGCGAUGGCCCUCCACACAAGAACAAAUCCUUAAUCUGCUUACCUAUGAAUCUGUCAGGCGUUCAUAUCGCACGCAAGAUCGAUAAAAUAGGCAUGUGGUCAUCGGAUACAGCAGAGGUGUUUUUCGAUGACGUGCGUGUGCCUUGCAAAAAUGUCAUAGGGCAGGAAGGAAUGGGCUUCACGUACCAGAUGCUACAGUUCCAGGAGGAGCGACUCUGGGGGGUGGCCAAUAUCCUGACGACCAUGGAGAAAGUUGUCCAAGAGACCAUCAAUUACACCAGACAGAGGAAGAUCUUCAGUCAGCCGAUUCUAUACCACCAGGUUGUUCACUUCAGGCUGGCUGAGCUGCAGACAGAAAUCGAGCUGUUGCGCUCCCUUUUGCAUCGUGCCACAGCUCUGUACAUUAAGGGAAACAAUGUAACAAAGUUGGCAUCAAUGGCUAAGCUGAAGGCAGGACGACUGGCCCGAGAGCUCAGUGACAGCUGCCUCCAGUACUGGGGUGGCAUGGGCUUCACCAGUGACGUCCUAGUCAGCAGGUUCUACAGGGACUCCAGAUUAAUGUCCAUUGGUGCAGGAGCUGAUGAGGUGAUGCUGUCAAUCAUAUGCAAGUACAUGGACACUCUACCCAAGAAAUGAAAUCACCGAUAGGAGUUCAGUUUGAAAAACAAAGUGCACUUAAAUGGAUAAUCUGACACUAAAUAUAAAUUAACUAGUUAUAUCAGUUAUAAAAGCAGUUAGCAACUUUAAGAUGGAUGAUUUGUACAUUGCAGUAAAUAAAAAAUGGUACCUCAAUAUAGUUGAAGAAAACCUUUAUAUGUAGCUAUAUGUAACAUAUGUAAAUUUUGAUUAUAGUUGUAAAUGACUGUUUGUUAUGCAUGAAAAAAUAAAGUUUUCAUAAUUCUUAAGACGCUUGUAAGAUUCCUGCUAACCAUAAAUGGAAUAUAUGAAAACAGGACUCAAGCUUUUGACACCAAAGGAAAUUUUAAUGUAAUAAUUCUCUCAAAAAUGACAUUUAUUUACAAAUUAGUUUCUAAAAAACUGAAAUAAUGCAUGGUUUAUGUUAACCAUAGAGAGCAGAAGGGUUUGAAAAAGAACUUCAAAAUUACUUAAGGCAUUUCUGAAGUAGACAAAAUUCUGGGGUGGUUUUUGAUAUGUUACACAUCUGCAUUGAACAUAAACUCACAUAUCUCAAUAUGGUUUUCACAGUCUGAAGAUCAGCCCUUUGAACACUAUAUUCACACAAUUUUGUGGCUGCUCUUUCAAGGGUGUUGUGAAGAUUUGCACAGUAAAGGAAAGGAAAAUACAGGCUGAUUAGGUUUUUGUUGUUUUGUUUACACCCCAUUCAGCUGGGCAGUUGCUGAAUUUCCAACUAUAUGAUUAAAGGACUACUGUGCUGUUGUGUGCCUCUCUUAUAAAGGUAUUUAAUCUGUAUCCUAAUAGAAGAUAUAAAUUAGCACAUUUAUAGCACUGAAGUUCUCCAAAAAUAAUAAUCAUACCACAAAGGUCAGUAUUUCUGAAUAAAAGGAAAUGCCAGAUGUCAGUUGUUAAUCUCUAACAUAUUUUUGUGACCAGUAUCAGACAAUUAGCAUCAUCCCUGCACUGGGACACUAAUUUUGGAAGGUUAGGACAGAGUUUUGUCUCAUAUUGCACAUAAUCACUCAAUGGUUCAAAAGAAUGCACUCUCGCACUCCUCAAUUACCUCAGUCCUCAUCAUCACUGUGAGGAUUCUGACCCUCUAUCCCAA